GGUUAUAAGUUUUGCGUACAAAUUUGGCUUUAAAUAGGACCAGAUUUUCAUAGUCUACGUUAUAAGUCAGCGUUGUGAUCAAUUGAAUAGUCACCAUAAACAUCGUCAUUUGUAACGAAGAACGAUCAUUUCUGUCACCUGCAAAUCUUGAGCAGAGAAAAGUCAUUCACCUUUCAAAUCUGUUAAAGACUGACAAUUAAGAUGGAUGAUAAUGCUGCAUAUGUUCAUGAUAAUCCAUUGUUUUCUCCUAAUUUCAGAGCUCAAGGCUGCAGACAUUCUUUAUCAGCUGCACUGCAUUCUGAAGUUUUUAAUAGCUUCUUGUCAAUUUGAUUGAGCACAAGGAGCCAUGUUCAAUGAGGCUUUUCUCAUGUUGUAGUUCUUUGAAGUGUUGGGACGUACGUGCAGAAAGAACUGAAUCAAACAAGAACACUCACAAGAAACCUGAAAAGAAUACCUCUUCAAUGGAGGUAGAGAUGGAUUUUAGUUCACGGCCAGAUGGAGGUAGAGAUGAAUUAAACAAGAACAAUCCCAAGAAAUCUGAAAAGAAACCUCAAUCAUCUGGCAAGGCCAAGGACGGUAAUUCUAGUGGUGGGAGACAUUGCAGGCGUCGGUCUAUACUGGAAGAUGACGAAGAAUGGGAAGGUCUGGAUGAGUUGAGGACGAAGGUUAGAAGAUUCAUGGACGAACAAGAAGAUUCAGGCACAGAAGAGGGGAAUAUUAUGUCCUACUCAGCGAGUCCCCUGAUCAUUCAAGCUGGAGGAGUGGCUUCCUAUCAUCCACUCUACUCCCCAUCUGCUCCCAGGCCUAGAUUUUUAAGGUAUGGAGGGAGUUCUCCUGAAUUUUCGAACCAUAAAAAUAGGCCUGGUCAAUCUUCUGUCGACAGGCAAAGAUCAGAAGAAGAGUCCAGGGCAAAGGCAGAGGCAGGGGCAGGGGCAGAGGCAGAGGCAGAGACAGUGGCAGAGGCAGAGGCAGAGGUAAAAACAGAGGCAGAUCAAGGCUAUAAUGGAGAAAAAUCUGAAGCCAUUGAAGAAUAUGUGAAUGAAUCCCAUGGUCCCCAGUUAACCCAAGACCCACCUAGUUCGGAGAAUCAAAGAAGCGAAAUCACCACAGAAAAUGCAGAACAACCUCAAGGGUCUGCAGAACUAGAUAAUACAGUAGAGCCCAACCCCAGAUCUGUGCUUGCCCACAGCAUUAACACAAGCACUGUUGGAUUCAAAUGCUCUAAGCCUAACAUUCGCAGGAUGAUGUUACCUCUAUUUAUGUUCCUUGUAUUGGCCACGGCAGCCUCUGGAUUUGGUCUGCUGGAUAAUAAUUAUUUGGGCACCAGGAAUGUGCAGCAUUGCAGCGGCCAUAUGAACCCUCUGCCGCUUACUAUGGGUUCAGUAAGUUUGUCACAGAAAAUGAAAGAGUUCUUCUUAUUAUGGAAACCCACAUUGUAUUCUGAAUACAUGGGUCGACUCAAGAAUUCAUCAAGCACAUUUGUGGGUAAGCUUGUAGACUCCUAUAUAUGCUCUUGCGCUUCUUUCUCCUAUCUUACAUCCUACAAAGGAUGGAUGACAGAGGAAAAUUGGGCCAAGUUUAUCAAUUUUAGCAGAAGGUUAAUGGGCAGCUUCUUGAGUUUCUGCCAAGAUAUAUUGAUCAGCACAAGGUUUGAUGCAGGAGAGAUUCAGCGAUUCUGCAAGUGCUUCAAAUCAAACCAAACUGUAGGGUCCAUGAAUAUUUCCUGCCCAACAGACUCCGGUAUGAAUAAGACUGCCACUGUGGCUACUGAUCAAGCCAGUAAAGAUGAAACCAAUGAGAGUAUUCAGGGGAAUUCAUCUACUGUACAAGUCUGUCCUAUUCCAGAGCCUACCAGUUUUACCAUUGAUGCAAAACACUAUGUUCAUCCAGAAUCUUGCGAUCAAAUUGUUGCAGAAGAUGAGGAGGGUUCAACAUUUUGUGAAAAGAAUGCAUCACAGGGCUCACAUUGCUCAUUUCCAAAAGUGAGUAAAGCAAAACAAGUUCAUUUCAAUCCAGAGCCAGUGGUAUUUCCUGUGAGAGAAGAGACCUUCAAUACCAGCUCAGAAGGCCUUACUGUUAACUUAGGUCUGGAUCGUAAAUCCUCAGUGAUUAUAUGGAUUCGUGUUGCAGUUGUGGCUUCUAUAGUGGCAAUUCUGUUGAUUUUAGUUGCUGCUGGGAAUAUCUACUUGGGGUGGCUUAAGGUCCAAGAAAUGGGGGUGACCAAACAUAACAGCAGGAAUAAGCCUAGACAGAAGAGGCCGCAGAUUGAACAAAAUGUGACUCCUCCAGCACUUGGAAGCUUUGUGCUAUAUGUGGAUCCUUCAUAUUCCAGAGAGCAUACUCCAACUGCUGUGAGAAGAUCUGCGCGAAUUCGGAAUAAAAGUCUUUCACCAUUAGCUGCACAGCCAAUUUUUACGUCUCCAAGUCCAGCACAUUCUUUCUCAUGAUGUCUCUGUUAGGAGAUCAUAUAACAUCUGAUUCUAAAUGCUUGUGUACAUAUUGUUACUCUGUUUUAACAGACCAUAUAACAUCUGAUUCUAAAUGCUUGUAUAUAUACUGUUACUCUGUUUUAACAGAUCAUAUAACAUCUGAUCCUAAAUGCUUGUAUACCUACUGUUACUCUGUUUUGACAGAUCAUAUAACAUCUGAUUCUGAAUGCUUGUAUACAAACUGUUACUCUGUUUUAAUAGAUCAUAUAGCAUCUGAUUCUAAA